CACCCGGGGCCCGGGGCAAUUGAGAUAAAGAGCAGUCCAAUUUGAGCGGCAAAUAUAGAAAAGUACACAAAAACACCACCGAUCAACUAUGUUGUUCCAGACGGCAAGGCAUGUCUCUUCUGGUAGGCACAAAAAUCCUCGAGAGAUUGCGUCACUGAUGCAAACGCAAGAAUGACCGCAUCAUAAUGCUGAUUCGAUCAAGAAGUUUGCACUAAAACAAGGAGCAACACAAUUCAGUUGCUUAGGUUAUAUGUAAAAGUUUUAUGACUGCUUAUUUUGAAGAUUUGAUUUUAUCUUUCCCUUCCACUAUAAAUAGUACUACUGAUCCCUCCAGGCAGCGGCACACGAGCAAAUAGAAACAUAUACUAUAUAGUAUCAAGCAAGCACAGAGCAGAGGAGAGAAAUCAGAAAUGGAAGCAACACAUCAUCCCCACGUGGUGGUAGUCCCAUACCCAAGCCAAGGCCACAUUAACCCUCUACUCCAGUUUGCCAAACGACUCGCCUCUAAAGGUGUUAAAGCUACAUUUGCCACCACUCGCUACACGGUCAAGUCCGUUCAUGCAGCGAACAUUGCAGUUGAGCCCAUCUCCGAUGGAUUCGAUGACGGUGGUUUUGCUCAAGCGCAGAAGGAAGAUGUCUACAUCAAGGGUUUCAGAGAAAAUGGCUCCAGAACUCUAUCACAAAUCAUUUCCAAGUACCAGAACUCUGGCUCUCCCAUCACUUGCGUAGUCUAUGACUCGUUUCUACCAUGGGCUCUUGAUGUGGCUAGGCAACAUGGAAUUUAUGGUGCAUCAUUCUUCACUAACUCAGUAGCUGUUUGCGCCAUUUUCUGUCACAUACACCACGGUUCCCUUGCUUUGCCGGUAAAACAGGAAGAUGUGCCCUUGCAGUUGCCCGGCUUGCCUGCCUUAAACUCUCCUGAUAUGCCAAGCUUCAUCAAGGCACCAGAAAGCUACCCUGCUUACUUAGCAAUGAAAAUGAGUCAGUACUCGAAUUUGGAAAAGGCUGAUUGGAUAUUUAAUAACAGCUUUGAAGAACUAGAGGGCGAGGCGGCAAAAAGUGUAUCAGAGCUCUGGCCGGCAAAGCUGAUAGGACCAAUGGUUCCAUCUGCUUACCUGGAUGGUAGAAUUGAGGGAGACGGGGGAUAUGGAGCUAGUCUAUGGAAACCACUCAGUGAACACUGCAUCAGAUGGCUCAAAAUGAAGCCGCAGAAGUCAGUGGUGUACAUUUCUUUUGGAAGCAUGGUAUCUCUAUCAGCCAAACAGAUGGAAGAGAUAGCAUGGGCACUGAAAGGUGGUGAUUUCAAUUUCCUUUGGGUUGUGAGAGAGUCAGAACGUAGUAAAUUUCCCGAUAGAUUCAUGGACCCUACAGCAGGAAAGGGUCUAGUAGUGUCAUGGUGUAAUCAGCUAGAAAUGUUAGCUCACCCAUCCAUUGGUUGCUUCGUCACACAUUGUGGAUGGAACUCAACACUUGAAGGGCUGAGCCUUGGGGUGCCAAUGGUGGGAAUGCCACAAUGGUCUGAUCAGAUGCCAGAUGCCAAGUUUAUUGAGGACAUAUGGCGUGUAGGUGUUAGAGCCAAGGAAAAUGAAUUUGGAAUUGUAAGAAGAGAAGAGCUUCUAUUUUGUCUGAAGCAAGUGAUGGAAGGAGAAAGAAGUCGUGAGAUUAGGAGAAAUGCUGGGCUAUGGAAGGAAAUGGCCAGAGCAGCAGUUGGGGAGAAAGGAAGCUCAGACAAGUCUAUCAACGAAUUUGUGAAGCAUUUAAUGGAUGCCAAGGGCAGAGAAGGAACCUGGAAUGACCACUUCUUGAGAGAAGGAUGAAUUGCUCUGUCGAUGGAUUGUAAGGUUCUUCGCUAAUUUAAGGUUCUUGAGAGAAGGAUGAAUUGCUUUGUCGAUGGAUUGUAAGGUUCUUCUCUAAUAUAAGAUUCAUCAACCUUCCAGCAUUGCAA